UCACUGCCUCGUUCGGCUCUGGUUCACUCCCACCACUCCUCUGUCGCUUCUGCCUCCAUGAGCAACUUUGACGACGACGAGCCCCUGACACUCUCUUCGGACGCCAUGUCGGCGCUGACGCAGUUCCUGUCUGAAAAGAAGGAGCAGGAGGCUGCCUUUGAGUGUCUGCGCGAGGCUGCCCAUCAGAGCGCUGACCAAAUGGCUGCUCAGGCCCGGAUCCUCGACAUGUCCGCCUUCAAAGAGGACUGGCAGCUCUCGCAGUUCUGGUACUCUGAAGAGACCGCCGCUGCGCUGGCAAAGGAGGCCAUCGAGCAGACAGACGAUGGCGCCUGGAUUGCCUGCGUGAGCUCGCCCACAGCCUUUGUUGCCCUCAAGAACAUCGACGUCGGCCAUCGCAAGAUUUUUGUUCUCGAGUACGACCAGCGCUUUGCCGUCUUCCAGUCCGAGUUUGUCUUUUUCGACUAUAACAACCCCACAGACCUGGACGAAAAGGCCGGCACCCGUCCGCUGAAGGGACGCUUCGAUUUCAUCAUCGCAGACCCACCGUUUCUCAGCGACGAGUGUUGGAGCAAAACCUCUGAGACCUGUCGGUGGCUGGCCAAGCCCGAGGGCUGCAAGUAUCUUGUCUGCACCGGUGCCGUGAUGCAGGCCCAGAUCCGCCGCGAGCUCGACUGCCAAAUCACGGACUUUGAGCCCAAGCACAAGGGCGGCCUUUCCAACGAGUUCCGGUCCUUCAUCAACUACGAAAGCACGCAGUUCAAGCAACUCUGAGCUCCAGCCAUAUCUCAUUUGCUACAGUCAACGGCGUUCAGGCUGGGGAUCACUUGUCCAUUCUCCUUGGACUGCACUUUGCCUCCAUUUAUCUCGACCUCUGCUCCAGGCUGCCUCAGCCCUCCGGAUCGUCGUACCUGAGCCCAGCCAGUCGCACUCACUUCCAUGCUCAAUACAAUCGCCAUCUCGAUGGUCUCUUCAGCGAAUCAGGCUCUCGCCUCGGGCUUGCUUGUUGGUCACGAAACGACUGUUUGAAUUCCUUACAGGCGAUCCAAUAUAAAACGGGACAUCCGGG